GGAAUCUAGCCUUCGACAAACGUCGAGACAAUGACAAAGACUUCAAACAUUUAAAAUGUAUUUAAAUAGAUAAAAUAUUAACAGUAGACCGGCGACUGGUCCGAGAGGGCAUUCAGCCUAUACCCAUCAAAUCCGGACUUGAGUGCCAUGGAAAUGUGUCAAUUCUCUCACAACAGCCUAUCGUCGGAAAGCCUUGAUGAUCAGUUCUGAACUCACCUGUCCGUGAAGACAUGAUACAUGAAAAAUGUUUAACAUUGCUACAGAUGGGGUGACGUGCAGAUCACCUUCUAAGAAUUUGGAUGAUUUUGAUUCCAUCCGUAGUGUUCUUCUGUACAGCGACCUUGAGCCAGAAUGGCUAGACGACGUCCAGAAGAACGGCGAGCUCUUCUACCUGGAGCUCAGCGAGGGUGAGGAGGAGGCGGCAUUGGCUCGAGCCACCGCCAAUCAGUGCCUCCCCACCAAUCAUGUGCGCUUCAGCGAGAAGGAGGCAGAGGUCAUCAGCGAGGAGUCAAGGAAGCGCCCUGAGAGAGCUCCGACCAAACGGGAGACCAAGCUAAAACGACUCGCCAGGAUCCUGAGGAGGAAGCGGCGACCGUCUCAGCGCAGGGUGCCCGACGGAGAAGCCGUAGACCCGUCAUCACGCCCGGCGUCCAUCUUGAAAAACCAGUUGGGGCAGAGAGCAGGUGCACAGGUCGUAGGGCAGCAGCUGAAGGAGGUGUGUGUCUACUUGAACCCCAAUCGCCUCGGGAGCUGUUCCCCCACACCCCAGGAGAGAGGGGGUCUACUAGAGGCCCUGCUGGGGGUGGUGCAUCGCCCGUCCUGGGGCAGGGGCCAGGGAGACCCUACAGGGCGGAGGGAGGAGAGGAUCACCAUUCAUGGCUUGGUGCCCAACAGCCCGGCCAUCAAGUCUGCACAGAUACUAAUCGGCGAUGUCCUGGUAGCCGUGGACGACGUGGAUGUCACCACUGAGAACAUUGAGAGAGUCCUGUCCUGCAUCCCUGGACCGUCACAGGUGAAGCUGACCCUGGAGACAGCCAGCCCGGGAGGCCCAGAUGAGGGGGGCGCGGACGUGUCCUCCGCCCCCAGACUCAGGCCCUCGCCCCCGGCCAGUCAGCUUGUGCGUCUGCUGUGGGGCGAGGACACGGCGGAGCUCCAGAUGUCCCUAGGACACACCCCUCACGUCAUCAUGUACCUGUCACUCAAACUGGACUCGGACUCCCCGCUGGAAGAGCAGGAAAUUUUGUACCAGUACCCAGUGUCGGAGGCAUCCAGCCAGCUGAAGGGAGUCAGAGGAAUAUUCCUCACAUUGUGUGACAUGCUGCAGAAUGUCACUGGGGGGCAGAUAGUGAGCUCCUCUCUUCUUCUCAGUAAACACCUGGUCCAUGUGGGCUACUGGAAGGAGAGCAACAAUCUGCUGGUUAUCGGCCUGCCUGCUGACAGGGUUCCUCUGUUGUAUCUACAGACAGUGGUGGAGGGCGUGGUCAGGACCCUCAACGUGAUGUACGGCUCUCUAGACAGAGCGUUCUGCCAGGAGGAGCACACUCCUAAACUGGACCAUUUCUUCUGCUUGUUCUUCCAGCAGAUCAUCCAGCCCUCCAGAUUGAGUGACAGCUCCGGGGCCACGCCCCCAGACCUAUCGAGGUCCCUUUUCCUGGACGGACUGCCGGCGGUCCGCUGGCUCACGUUGCCCCCGGAGAUAAAGAUGGAGGUGGACACUGUUCUCUCAGACUUUGAAUCAUCGGAUUUUGGAGAAAUGUCGGAGGACUUCUAUGGCAUGAGGCGUCUCUAUGUGACCCUGGGCUCCUGUCUGUUCUACAAGGGCUACCUGAUAGCCAACCACCUCUCUAAGGAGGACCUGCUGGAUGUGUGUCUGUACUGCCAGCACUACUGUCUCCUCCCCCUGGCGGUGGAGCAACGGGUAGGACAGCUGGUCAUAUGGAGGGAAGUUUUCCCUUGCCAGCGCACCCAGAACCAGACCAAUAAGGGCCAGUCCAGUGGGCUGGGCUACUACCAGGCGCAGGGACGCUACUUCCUGCUCAUCGUGGGACUGAGACACUUCAUGCAGUGUGUUCUCUUGGUAGCGGGGGGCUGCGCGGGCCCUGCCCUGGGCUCCCCGGGGCCAGACUGCGUGUACGUGGACCAGGCCAAGGCCACCCUCUUACAGCUUGAGGGCUUGGAGGCAGGGAUGGAAGAACGCCUGGCCGCCCCGCCGGCACCCUGCCUCUCCUGCGCCGACUGGUUUCUCCCCUCCGCUGCCCGAGACAGCAAGCUGGCGGGGGCCGUGAAGAGGACGUCCUCCGCCCAGGGUGGGGGGAGGGGAGUGGGCCGGAGCUGGUUCGGAGGGGGGUCCCGGAGACCCAGCCCACAGAGGAGCCUGUCGGACAGCGGGAGCGAAGGGCAGCCAGAACGGGGCACGACGGGACAGACAGGGAUCAGUCCGCUAUCCACCCCGGACUCUGCCAGGAAGCUGGGUGGCCGUAGAGACUCGCUGGGGUCCGGGGGCUCGGACGGGAGCGGGGGCAGUGGGAGCAUGUUCAAGAUUCCAAGAAUGAAACAUCCCAACCCGUUCUAUCUGGGCACCCUGAAGAAAAGUCUGACUGAGAGAGAGACUGAGGAGAUGUACAACACUAUGAAGUUGACGUCAGGCGCGGAGAACACUUUGUUCCACUACGUUCUCAUGGAGACGGUGCAGGGCAUCUACAUCGCUCCAACACACAGGGAACUGGCCCAGCUCAGCGGCUCCAUCCACCCUCAGCUCAUACGCAACUUCCACCACUGCUGCCUGUCCAUACGGGCCGCCUUCCAGCAGAGCCUGCCGCCCGGGGGCAGGCGGGGGGCAGAUAGACCAAAGGGAAGCCAUGGGCUGGGACCAGUGAAAGAACACGGGGUUCUGUUCCAGUGUAAACCUGAGAACUGGACUGAUCAGAGGAAGCCUGCCCCCACACUAACCUACUGGGUGAUAGGCCGGAUGCUUCUAGAACCCAUCCCUCAGGAAUUCUAUGUGUGUUUCCAUGACUCCGUGUCAGAGGUUCCCGUGGAGAUGGCCUUCCGCCUGUCAUUCGGCCUGGCCUUAUGACGAGCUGCCUGCUAACAGUCUCUUAAUGAACCAAUGUAACUUCAGCCUACAGACAGCCAACAGCGGGGCACCGCCCUGGGUCCUGGUCGUUAGGAAUCAAACGGAACAAAACAGCCUGAAACCUAAAGGACUACCAGAAUUCUACCAGACGUUCACGUUUCACAUCACAAAACAUUUUACACAGCUCUAAGCUGACCUAUUAUUCAAAGAGCAUAUGUGCAUGGGAGACUUUAGGUGCAAAAAUAAUUACUGAAGCUAGAAUCACAAAUUCUUUAGUGGAGGCCAUGCAUAAUCCUUUAUUCAUUUUUAUAGAGCCCUAAUAAGUCUGCUUACCUGUCUGAAAUAUUCUGGGACGGUAAACUCCCUUUUGUGCCUUGCACCUGACAGACAUUUAUCACCUGACUGCAGAUAAAAGGAAACCUUGUUUGUUAGCCUUGAAUCAGAUCCAGUGGAAUAGGAGGGCUGCGUUCAGCAAGGUAAAACGUUCAGGAACAUGUAGAACACACAGGCUCGUCUGGGACAUGGAGUAAGUAAAUACAUCGGCUCCAUUUAUAACAUCUUUAUCUGUUAUGUCCCACUAAGCUUGCCUACUAAACUAAAGCACUAUGACACAAGUCAUAGCACUAUGUCCAAAAUAGCAGCCAGUUCCCUUUGUAGACCAGUGCUUUUCGGUCAGGUCAAAGGUAUUGCAGUUUGAGGGAAUAGGUUACCAACUGGGACGAUAAAGCUACAAAGCUCAUAUAAUACCUCAGAAAAACAAGCAGUUUGUUAUUCAGAGGCUGAUGUUUUAACCAUAGACAUUGAAUGACAACUCAGUUUUGUGGUCCUUUCAUUCCUUUUCACUAAAGUGUGCCUGAUGAUACACUCUGUCCGUGCUGGACAUUCUCGGCACGUGGGUAUGGAAUUAGUAAAACAGCAUUUCAACCCGACCACACAACACCCAUAGGCAUCAGGCAUUGAUUUCAUCAGUCAAAGGGAAUACUUAUUUUGAAAUCAAUGAUAUCUGUUUACUCUGCCCAUGUUUUGUCUAGUCCAAUGGCAACAUUACCGCUCAAGAAUAAACAGGGUUGUAUUCCUGAAGGCUGGCGUGGGUGUUCUAUCCCAAAGAAAAAGUUGGUAACUGAUGUAGCAGGUUGAACGACACAUGGCAAGGUUUUAAGAGACAUGUAGUGGAGCAGAACUGUAGGUGGAGUUCAAUUAUUGUUUUGUUUGGUGAUAGAGAAAUGUUUGAUAUUUUAUUUAAAAUGUACAGUUUUCUAUUGAA